UGUGUACAGUUAUACAAACAAUUGCAGAUGCUUCCCAUGUUAGGGGAUGUCUAUCAUGUCACAGGGAUACUUAAACUGCCUUAUGCUGAAAUAGAAGAGCCCUUUGAAGCCUGGUUCAACAAAACUGGAGGAAAAAGUCGGAUUCAGUAUUAUGAUGGCCAAGUUAUCACUUACCAGUUAGGUUAUGUCAAACCUUUUGGAGCCAACUUCAAGGUAACCCCAGAAACCACUGAAACAGAAGUCAAUAUUAAGGAAUGUUUUCAGAUCAAUGGAACAUCUGAGAAUCCUGUUAGACCUCAAAGUGUGUUUCCUAACUUAACAAACUUCCAGCCUGUGAGGCAUGAGCAUUACAAUGGACAAUAUUGCACAGUCUUGGAGAGUGUAUCCUAUUGGGGUAAAAAGAAGAACACCUAUAAGUUGUGGGUGGCAGAUGGUUCCCGUGGGCCUUUGCCAGUCCAUUAUGAAAUGAAAGGCUACAACACCCUGCUGGGCUCUCACUAUGACAAGUAUGAGAUAGAUUACAUCAGCUACUCUCACAGUUUCUCAUCAAGCAUCUUCAAUCUCCCUCCUGGCAUCAAGUGUGCACACUGGCCAAAAGUGGGACCAGAACACAGGAUCUUGGCCAAUCCAAUGCAGGAAUUUGUUGGGAGAACUGGAGAAGUCAGCCAACACCAUGAACAUCUGUUUCAUCACUACAAGAAAAAAUUCAGAAAAACCUACAAGAACAAAAAAGAGAUAGAGCACCGGCGACACAACUUCAUCCACAAUAUGAGGUAUAUCCACUCCAAGAAUCGAGCCAACCUCUCCUUCAAACUGGCAGUGAACCAUUUAGCAGAUCAAACACCAGAAGAGAUGGCUGUGAUGAGGGGGAGGCUACAGACUGAUGAACCCAGGAAAGGGUGGGCUUUCCCAUCUGACAGCUACAGUGGUCUCACCUUGCCGGAGAGCUUAGACUGGAGGCUUUAUGGGGCAGUGACACCCGUUAAAGAUCAGGCAGUGUGCGGAUCCUGCUGGAGCUUUGCCACAACAGGAGCUCUGGAAGGGGCCCUCUUCCUCAAGACAGGAGUGCUCACCCCAUUAUCUCAACAAGUCUUGAUCGACUGCUCCUGGGGCUUUGGAAACCAUGCUUGUGAUGGGGGCCAGGAACCACAUGCAUUUGAAUGGAUUAUGAAGCAUGGAGGGAUUGCCAGUGCUGAGGCCUAUGGGCCAUAUAUGGGUCAGAAUGGCUACUGCCACUACAACCAAUCGGAGCUGAUAGCACCAAUCGCUGGCUACAUUGCUAUUAUCUCCCAAAACAUCACUGACCUUAAAGCUGCUCUGUACAAGCAUGGCCCCAUCGCAGUGAACAUUGAUGCCUCCCACAAGUCCUUUGCCUUCUACUCCAGUGGCAUCUAUUAUGAGCCUAACUGUGGAAAUACAACCAUGCAGUUAGAUCAUGCUGUCCUAGCUGUAGGCUAUGGAGACCUCCAGGGAGAACCCUACUGGCUCAUCAAGAACUCUUGGUCUACAUAUUGGGGCAACGAUGGCUACAUCCUCAUGUCCAUGAAGGAGAACAACUGUGGAGUGACGUCUAGUGCUACCUAUCCAAUCCUGGCCUAACAGCAUGUUCAGCAAAAGACAUCUGGUUGUAUUGUAUUAGAAAAUUCCAUAGCAAAAGGUCCUCAUUUUACAGAUCUCUCAGCUGAGUUGCCACUUAAGCUGCAAAAUGCUACAGCACUGGAAGUCUGAACAUGUGUCUGUGUGCACUUAUCUUAACCUACCAUUCUCCUAGGUAACACAAAUAUUGAGACCACUGUACAGUGGAUAAUAAAACCAUUAACACACUUGUGUACAACCACAAUCAUUUAGAUCACUGGGACAGAAAAUGGGAGGAAAAACAUAAUACAUCAUCAUAAAUUCCAUUUCCGAGAACAUAAUAGAUGUCAUGUAACAAAUAUAUGUAGAUGGAAUCAAGUUAUUUAUAUUGCUGAUGAUUCCUGAGUAAGAUUAUUAAAGUACAUGGCUGUUAUGCAAAAAGCUGAUAAUUCUCAGUCAGUUCUAGCAUGCAGAAGCUUUUUCUUGGUACUUCUGCAUUUUAAUGAAAACAACCACGAGUGCUAUUACUUGGACUAACUGGUGUUCCUGAUGUUACAUUAGUCUUGCCACUGUGAUUUCUAAAGCAUGGCUUAUGGUGUUUAGCAUAUUGCAAACUUAGCCAAUUAUGUCAGAUUUAUAAACUGUGGCUAAAUAAAUUAUAGUGUAAUAUCAGAAGCCAAUCAAUAAAAAACUUGAUUUAUACAGCUGAUCUCUCUUCUAUUUUCUAUUUCUUAAGAAGUAUGUAGCUUACAGCAUAAGAUCAAAACAUUUGACCUUAACAUCUGGAGUUUUAUGAUUGAAUUUGUUUUGCAAUAAGUGACUAUGUUCAAAUGAUAUGUUAAGGGACAAAACCAACUACCUGUUUAGCAAAUAUGUUGUACAACUCAGAAAAUUAGGAAUAUUGAAUAUAAACAGUGUAGUUUGAUCGAUUUCUAGCCUAGCACCUUAACUACUACACCAAAUUGGCCCUCUGAGUGAAAAGCAUACCGGUAGUCUCUAAAAUUAUAUUACACAUAGGUCAAACUUUCUUUAGUAGCUGCAUCCACGAAAGCAUUUCUCUUACAGGAGAGGAUGCAGAAACCGAGUGUUGGCAUCCUCUGUGAUUAUGAGGCUCAAUUCGGAGGAUCUCUAAGGACCCUUCCAUGACUACGAUUCUAAGCCUCACUUUCUGCACGCCCUAAACACGGAGGGAACAAGAAGUAGGGGGGGGGGGAAGGUGACGCUGCUGCUGCUGCUGCCGCUGCCGCACGGUGUCCCCAUUUUGGUCAGUCCGAGAUGAGAAUUAGAGUCAAAAGAAAGGCACGCCCAUUUGCUAGCCAAGACUUGGUGUCCACCACCCCCCCGGAGAGAUGACGGUACAUAUUCGGCUGACAGCCCAGCCGAACCGUGGACACGGCCCAGUCCGCGCUGCCUCUUUCGAUGCAACACACAAUUUGGUCCUUUCGAGGCAGAAAUUCCCCUGUUCUUCUGGCACCUCGCCUUAGAACCAGGCUAGAGGCAAUCUAGCCUCACUUCUUCCUUGCUCUCUAUGGUUAAUAAAACGUCGCGCGGCUUAACUACGUCCACCUCGGAUGGCGCCCUCUGGUGACGUCUGAACGCAGCCCCGCUUCUCUCUUGCCGCUUCCCCAAACAAACAAAGCCGCCCCGCCUCCCCCUUCUGAUUGACGUCCGCGGAGACCCAAUAGGCCUCAAGAUAGGGCCAAAGCGCCCGCCUCCCACUUGCUGAAGGGCGUCGACGCUCGCCAAUG